AUGCUGUUCUCUCAGCUCAUCUUGUCGUUGGUUUUGAGUGCUGCUGGUGAUACCAUGUGCGAUCGGGAGCCGUGCCGUCCGCAUCAUCCACAUCCCCAUGGACCUAUCAUACCACAGAUUAAUAUGCCCGCUCCUAAUUUCACUGGGCAAGCUGUAGUGGGGAAGGAGUUUAAAACCAUUAGCUUGUCGGAUUACAAAGGAAAAUGGGUGAUACUGGCCUUCUAUCCUCUGGAUUUCACGUUUGUGUGUCCAACUGAAAUAAUUGCAUUCAGCGAUGAGAUGGAGAAAUUUACACAACGAAACUGUGUCGUCGUUUUCUGUUCCACUGACUCCGUGUAUUCACACCUAAAAUGGACUCAAAUAGAUCGCAAAAACGGUGGUGUAGGGCCGUUGAACUUCCCGUUGUUGGCCGAUAAAAAUAUGUGUAUAUCGCGGGCAUAUGGUGUUUUGGACGAGAAGGAAGGAAACACAUAUCGGGGCACUUUCCUGAUUGAUCCUCGGGGAACGCUGCGCCAGAUCACGGUGAACGACCGCCCAGUGGGUCGUUCUGUCGAUGAGGCCCUCCGGCUUCUUGAUGCAUUCAUUUUCCAUGAGGAGCAUGGUGAGGUAUGUCCAGCCAAUUGGAAACCCAAAGGAAAAACCAUUGUACCUACUCCAGAAGGAUCGAAGGCCUAUUUCUCUUCUGCAAAUUAA